CCAUGGUGGCCGAGGGAUGGGCAUGUCUCACCUUCACUAUGAAGAAGAGGAGGACCAUCAGUCCUUCUACAUUGGCGUCCCAGUGCCACAGGGAUAUCGACGUAAACGUCGGCGAAGGCGUUCAGGUCACCAGGUUGCAGACAGGAACAGGGACAGACACUAUGGACACCGCAGACACUAUGAACAAGACCAGUACAGAGAGGUGGACAUGGAGGAAGGACGUGUGGAUCCACAUGAGCACAGUGUCUAUGACAUCAACUACACAAUGUCUCCAGCAGCGGAGCGGCUUCGUUAUAUCCUCAGUGAGGAUGACGAUGCUCCUACGCCGACGCUUUUCACUGAGAUGGACACUCUGCAGCGAGAAGGAGAUGACCUGGAGUGGAGGGAGUCUGCCAGAUGGGUGAAGUUUGAGGAGAAGGUGGAGGAGGGAGGAGAGAGGUGGAGUAAACCCCAUGUGUCCACACUGUCCCUGCACAGUCUUUUUGAGCUCAGGACAUGUCUCCAAACAGGAACAGUGCUGCUGGACCUGGAAGGCUACUCGUUGCCUCAGAUAGUUGAUGACAUAAUAGACAGGCAGAUAGAGGAAGGUAUGAUUUCUCCUGACUUGAGAGAGAACAUCAGUUUUGUGCUGCUGAGGAAACAUCGGCACCAGACAAAGAAGCCCAUUCACCGCUCGCUGGCUGACAUUGGCAAAUCCAGCUCCUCCACCAGUCGCACUCUGGGCUCACGGGCUGGACCGGGGUUUGGGUCAACGGCCAACUUUAACCGAUCCACAGAAGACCUCCGAAUCAAACAGCAGUCUGACAGCUAUGGACGUCUGCAUCAUUCCCAGAGCAGGAGUCUAAAUGAUAUUGCAGAUUCUCCCAGCACAGAUCAGCUAAAAAAUAAAUUCAUGAAGAAGAUUCCAAGAGAUGCAGAGGCGUCCAACGUGUUGGUGGGUGAAGUGGAUUUCCUUAACAAGCCUUUUGUGGCAUUUGUCCGCUUGAAUCAAGCUACCACGCUCGGAGGUUUGACUGAGGUCCCCGUGCCAACCAGAUUCCUCUUUAUUCUCUUGGGACCUCAGGGAAAAGCCAAGUCGUAUAACGAGAUUGGCCGUGCUAUAGCUACCCUGAUGGCGGAUGAUCUCUUCAGUGAUGUCGCCUAUAAGGCCAGAGAUCGCGAGGACCUCAUAGCAGGCAUAGAUGAGUUUUUGGAUGAGGUGAUUGUGCUUCCACCUGGAGAAUGGGAUCCCAAAAUCCGCAUUGAGCCGCCAAAGAAAGUUCCUUCAGCUGAUAAAAGAAAGUCAGUGUUGUCCCUGAAUGAACUGCGGCAGAUGAACGGUACAGCUGGAGGAGGAGGAGGAGGAGGUCUGGCGAUGGAUGAGGAGAUGCCAGAACAACAUGAGCUGGGAGAGGAAUUGGCAUUUACUGGACGCUUCUGCGGAGGUCUGUGCCUGGACAUAAAGAGGAAACUGCCAUGGUUUCCCAGUGAUUUCUAUGAGGGUUUUCAUAUUCAGUCCAUUUCCGCUGUGCUGUUCAUCUACCUCGGCUGCAUCACCAAUGCAAUCACGUUUGGUGGCCUGCUGGGAGACGCUACCGACAACUACCAGGGUGUGAUGGAGAGUUUCCUGGGUACUGCUCUGGCUGGGUCUGUGUUCUGUCUCUUCAGCGGCCAGCCCCUCAUCAUCCUCAGCUCCACUGGACCCAUCCUGGUCUUUGAAAAGCUCCUGUAUGACUUCAGCAAGACCAACAGCAUUGAUUACAUGGAGCUGCGCCUGUGGAUUGGCAUCCACUCCUGCCUGCAGUGUUUCGUCCUGGUCGCAACAGACGCCAGUUACAUCAUCAAGUACAUGACACGUUUCACUGAGGAGGGCUUCUCCAGCCUCAUCUCCUUCAUAUUCAUCUCUGACGCCAUCAAGAAGAUGGCCGGCUCCUUCAAAUACUACCCCAUCAACAUAGACUACAAACCCGACUAUGUCACUACCUACAAGUGCGAGUGCCGGGCUCCAGAUCCACUUCCAGUGCCAGAUAAUGCCUCUACUGUGUCUGGGUUCAAUGAUACAGGUUUGGACUGGAGCCAGCUCAGCAAGAAGGAGUGUCAGAAAUACGGAGGUUCUGUGGUGGGAAACGCUUGCAAGUACGUCCCUGAUCUGGCCCUUAUGUCCUUCAUCCUCUUCUUUGGCACAUAUUCCAUGACUGUCUCUCUCAAGAAGUUCAAGUUCAGCCGCUACUUCCCCACCAAGCUGAGGAAACUCAUCAGUGACUUUUCUAUCUUCAUGUCCAUCAUGACGUUUGUGGGGCUGGACAUGUUGAUAGGCCUCAAAACCCCUAAGCUGAUGGUCCCAACAGAAUUUAAGCCAACACGGGCAGAUCGAGGCUGGUUGGUGAUGCCAUUUGGUAAGAACCCAUGGUGGAUAUAUCUGGCUAGCUGUGUCCCUGCCAUCCUCGUCACCAUCCUUAUUUUCAUGGACCAGCAGAUCAGUGCCGUGAUCGUCAACCGCAAGGAGAACAAACUUAAAAAAGGUUGUGGGUAUCACCUGGAUAUGCUGUGGGUGGGCAUCCUGAUGGUCAUCUGCUCCUUUAUGGGUCUGCCUUGGUAUGUCGCUGCCACAGUCAUUUCCAUCGCCCACAUUGACUCUCUGAAGAUGGAGAGCGAGUCCAGUGCUCCUGGAGAGCAGCCUCAGUUCCUCGGUGUCAGGGAACAAAGAGUGACCGGCCUUUUGGUGUUUGUUCUCACCGGAGUCUCCAUCUUCCUUGCUCCUGUUCUUAAGUUCAUCCCUAUGCCUGUCCUGUACGGAGUCUUCCUCUACAUGGGUGUGGCGUCCCUCGGUGGAAUCCAGUUCUGGGACAGGAUUAAGUUGUACAUGAUGCCAUCCAAGCACCAGCCCGACUUGUCCUUCCUCCGUCACGUUCCUCUGAGGAGGGUACACCUGUUCACACUGAUCCAGAUCACCUGUCUGGCUGUUCUCUGGAUCCUCAAAUCCACUUUCUUGGCGAUCAUCUUCCCUGUUAUGAUCCUCGGUCUGAUGGUGGUCAGGAAGAUGCUGGACAUGGUCUUCUCCCAGCAUGACCUCGCCUGGCUGGACGACCUCCUGCCAGGGAACGAGAAGAAGAAGAAGAAGGAUGAUAAGAAAAAAGGAAAGGACAAAAAAUCCAAACAUGACCAUGGGGAGGAUGAGGACAAGUUCCACUCGUACUGUGACCGGUCUGCCAGCUCAGAGUCAGACAUGGAUCGCAGUAUCACUUUGCACCUGAAGAUCUCCUGCCCGUCCUCACCAGCCGUCCCCUCGGGCCAAGGGACGGCCUGCACCAUCCCCCAGGUCAAGAUCGAGAUGGAGUCGGACUACGACUCGGACAUCGACUGCCCCAGACCCCGGGACGUGAGCGGUGAGACCAUGUUAUGAAACCGACUCCAGCUGCGGAUGCUUCACAGACACUGUGGACCAAAGGAGAUCAUCCAUGGACCUGAGAAGAACAAAAGUAAAGCUGUCUUUUUGAACCAAUUUUACUUUAAGUACUAUUAAAUGCUCAAUUACUUGAGUGAUGUAAACUAUAAUAAAAAAGAAAUAUACUUAUCUGCAUGUACUGUACAGGUAAUACACUUGAAAAUAUUACAUAUAUUAAUAUUAUACAAUUACAGCACUGACUCAAAAACCAAACUCGUCUUCCAUGCAAAUUUGUCCGCUUUUAAAGCUGCAAACCUUCAACUCUGUCCCUGUUCCUCUUCACCUGAAACAAAAUGAAACAACCAAAAUUCUUUGUGCGCUGAUGUUGAAAUGUGUAAGAUAUUGUGUAGAUUUUUGCUUGCAAUUCCUCAGACUUUGUCAUAUUUGCCAAAGGUUUGCUCGAGUGCAUACAAUUUACAAUGUUGGUGUUAAAAUGUCGUAGAUUUUUUUUUUUUUUUUUGCACUUCCACACAAAAGUAAAUUGUUUCUACUUCAGUAAUAAAAUAGUUAUUUAACAUUAAAGCAUA